GGUCAACUUGCCGGACAACAAUACGAUCUACGCAUUGUUUCAGUGUAGUCCCGACUUGUCGCCGUCCGAUUGUGGGGGUUGCUUGUUCCAAACCAUCGAUGAUUUUGAUAUGUGUUGCCACGGAAGUAAAGGCGGCGUUGUUUAUAAACCGAGCUGUAUUUUCCGAUGGGAUUUGUUCCAAUUUUGGGAGUCAAGCCCCAGUCCGCCAUCGUCUUCUCCGCCACCUUCAGCUGCCCUGCGGGCUCAUGGUGGAAAUAUUGCCAAAGGUACCUUGGCUGCAAUUAUCGCUUCAGUCACCAUUUUUGUAAUGCUUCUCCUCAUCGGUUCUCGUUACCUUUGGAGGGGAAGAGCAGAGAAGAAACAUGAAGCGGUACAAGAAGAAAGGGAUGUAAGCGAGAUCACAUCCUUCAAGUCCUUGCAAUUCGAUUGGGAUAAUUUGCGUGCAGCCACAAACGAUUUUUCUCAAGAAAACAAGCUUGGGGAAGGUGGAUUCGGGGAGGUUUACGAGGGUAGGCUUCCCAAUGGACAAGAAAUAGCUGUGAAGAGGCUAUCCCAAAGCUCAAGGCAAGGUGUCCAAGAGUUUAUGAAUGAGAUUUUGUUGGUGGCAAAGCUUCAACACCGGAAUCUAGUGAGAUUGCUCGGAUUUUGCUUGGAAGAAGAGGAAAAGCUACUCGUAUACGAGUUUGUGCCCAACAAAAGUCUCAACUACUUCUUGUUUGACUCCGAGAAAAGCAAACAAUUGGACUGGCCAAGACGUUACAGGAUAAUAUUAGGCAUUGCUCGAGGGAUGCUCUAUCUUCAUGAGGAUUCUCGGCUUCGAGUCAUUCACCGUGAUUUAAAAGCUAGCAAUGUCUUGUUGGACAAUGAUAUGAACCCAAAGAUUUCAGAUUUUGGCAUGGCAAGAAUUUUCGGAGUCGAUCAAACUAAAGCAAGCACCGGAAGAAUCGUAGGAACCUAUGGUUACAUGUCCCCCGAAUAUGCGAUGCAUGGGCGGUUCUCUCAAAAGUCCGAUGUUUACAGCUUCGGUGUUCUCCUCCUUGAGAUCAUUUGUGGCAAGAGGAAUGACUACUUCUACCAAUCUGAUGGAGGAGAAGAUCUCGCAAGCUAUGCUUGGAAACAUUGGAGAGACAAUAUGCCUUUGGAAAUAUUGGACGCAGCAUUGGGAGAAUCUUAUUCAAGAAGCCAAGGUCUCAGAUGCAUACAGAUCAGCUUACUAUGUGUUCAGGAAGAUCCGGUUAAUAGACCGACCAUGGCGAACAUAGUUCUUGCGCUGAGCAGCGAAACUCUUACUCUGUCAUUGCCACGAGAACCGGCCUUUUUCCUCCGAAGCUGGACAGGACCGCCGAGUACCAUCAUAGAAAAUGACAAGGAACAUGAUCAAUAUACGAGCGGGUGCGAGCCUUUUUCAGUUAACGAAGUGUCGAUUACUGAACUCGACCCUCGAUGA